AACUACAACCGGUAAACUGGGGUUUUAGGUUUGCAGUUGUGCACUGGUUUUCAAUUGUGAGGUGAAGCCAUGGUGGUUUGGCAGAGGCAUCUCCACUCCUUAAUCCGCCAAGUCGGGAAAACCCUCCAAAGCAAUCGCACCCAAUCCGCCGCCUUCUCUUCAUCUUCUUCUCGCUUAGAGGCUGGGUUGCCUUGUUUGCAGAGACUCUGCAAUAGACCAUCUUCUCCGACCAUCCCAAGGCCUCUAUAUAACUACUUGCAGCAAUUGGGUAUUUCGAGUUCCAGGAAUUUACUAGCAGAAGAGCCUGUUUCGUCGCCAUUGAGGCCUCUUUUGACAUCAAGUACUGCAAAAUCUGAAGGGCACAACCAGAAAUCAGUUACUAAACCUGCCACAGUUCAGGCUAUCCUAAAGAAAAUUAAACAGAGUCCUAAGAAGGUCAAUUUGGUUGCUGAACUGGUUCGUGGCAUGCGUGUUGAAGAUGCAUUGUUGCAGUUGCAAGUGACAGUAAAGAGAGCUGCAAAAACUGUUUAUCAGGUUAUUCACUCAGCCCGAGCGAAUGCAACUCAUAAUCAUGGACUUGAUCCAGACCGUCUCCUUGUUGCUGAGGCAUUUGUUGGAAAGGGGAACUUCAAGAAAAGAGUUUCAAUUCAUGGUAGAGGAAAAUCUGGAGUUAGAGUGAGAUCAGAAUGCCGACUAACAGUGGUAGUACGGGAGAUCACCCCUGAGGAGGAGGCAGAGAUAGCCAAACUGAAAGUUAAGAAUUUUGUUAAGCUCAGCAAGCGGGAAAGAAGGCUUGUUCCACAUCAGUUAAUUGAGACAACUUCAAUUUGGGGCCGCAAAGGCAAAGGUCGCAAUCAUGAAAUGAACGGUGUGAAUGCUUGAAUAAAGCUUUCUUUCAAAGAUUUUUUAGCUUCGAAAGAAGGCUCUGAGGAGUCUGAGCUACUUCUAUGUCCUUGCAUUUCAAUGAAGGUGUCUUGUAGACAUUCGUAAGGUCGUUUUGACGAGUACGAGCAACCUUGUUUCUGUUUUGUUUGAAUGCUUACUGCAUAGAAUCCGAUCUGAUUAUUUCCACC